GAAUAAAUCCGUGUUAUCAUUGCAGAUAUGUGUCCUUAGAUAACAAACACCUAAUGGAGAAUGAACGAGGUUCAUGUUUUAUUCGAGGGCUAUUCCACCCAGAAUCCCGAUGGGUCCAUGUCCGCCAAUUGUUCAUGUGUUCUUAUUAAAACGGGCGAGGUUCGAAUAUUGGUUGAUUCCAUGACACCAUGGGAUGGUCCCAAGAUCAAGGAGAGCUUAUCGCAGCAUCACUGCUUGUCACAGGACGACAUCGAUUUUGUGGUUAGUACUCACGGUCAUUCCGACCACGUGGGCAACAACAAUCUGUUCUUGAAGGCUACCCACAUCGUGGGUCACUCUAUGUCCCAUAAAGACAAAUAUUUUGAACACGAUUUCGAUGCGAGUUCAUUUACACUCAGUCCAGGUGUGUUUGUGAAAGCCACUCCAGGUCAUACUUUGGACAGUGUGAGUGUUAUCGUGACAGACACUCGUCUCGGCACUAUCGCUAUUGUUGGGGACUUGUUCGAAAAAGAAGAGGAUCUACUUGAUGAUCAGGUAUGGAUUGAAGCUGGAUCAGAGAACGUGAGCAAACAACGCCAAAACCGGGCAGCAAUAUUGGCCCUGGCCGAUCAAAUAGUCCCUGGACAUGG